UCUCUUCUUUUGCUUUUUGGUCAGAGACUUAAGAUUUAGUUCUGAUACCAAGGACGAAGCUUACGAACUCAAUCGUUUGUCUUAUUAUCAUUCUUUUAAUCUUUUUUCAGAUCUACAAAUGAUCAAUUCUUUAAAUCCCUUUUUCGUUUGUUUUGACUCUUAAUCCCUUUGCAAUUCGUUUGUUUUUAGAUCUACAAACUUGCUUACAGUUUUUUUUUUGUUUUUUGAGUUUGAGUUUGGGUUGUUCAUAUGAUUCUUUUGAUCCUUUUUUUUCAGAUCUACAAAUUAUCAAUUCUUUUAAUCCGUUUUUCGUUUGUUAUGACAUUGAAUCCCUUUUGCAAUUCGUUUAUUUUCAGAUCUACAAAGUAGAUCUUCAAUAUUUUUUUUUUCAAUUAUCUCGUCAAGCUUCCCAUGAUCCGCUGGCAGGCCUCGUUUGAUUUGCUGGACCAUCCCACAAUCCGCUGGUAGGCCUCGUUUGAUUUGAUGGCCCAGCCCACAAACAGGGCAUCAUUUGAUGGCCCAGCCCACACCCAUGGCCCUGAGCAAGCAAUCCACGAUCAAAGAUUGACCUAGUUCACCGACCUCUAUAUAAAAAGCGAGUUGUUUCCAGGGUUUCUCUUCCCCUCCAUGUUUCUAGGGUUUCUCUUCCCCUCCACCUCUCUAGGGUUUCUCUUCCCCUCCACCACGCUAGGGUUGCUCUUCCCCUCCACCACGCUAGGGUUGCUCUUCCCCUCCACCUCUCUAGGGUUUUUCCUCUUCACCUCUCUAGGGUUUUUCCUGUUCACUUCUCUAGGGGUUUUCCUCUUCACAUCUCCAGAUCCCCAUUCUCACCUCUCUCUUUCUCACAUCUCUCUCCAUUUCCCCUUACACCCUUUCCACUCCGGUCAAGCUUUCCUCUCUCUCCUCUCUCACCGGCCUUUUCACGCAGCACUCCUCAGCGGUCACGCUUUCCUCUCUCCCCUCUCUCACCGGCCCUUUCACGCAGCUCUCCUCAGGGAACCGGUGGCGGCGCCGGUGGCACCACCGGCGGUGGCGGUGGUGCAGUCGUCGGCGGCGGUGGUGGCGCCGGCGGUGGCGCCGGCGGUGGUUGUGGCAGCUGCAACUGCAUUGGUGUGUGUCAGUAUAAACCCUUAAUUCCAAGACUCAACUUUGGUUUCAACGUUGCCUUCAACAUCAUUUACCGUUUCGGUUGGUGGUCGGUAGCUUUGGCUUUCUUGUCUGAUCUUGUGACUGAGGAGAAUGUAAAGCAUUUUGCAGAGAGUAUGAUAAGGAUCUGCGACCCGAGCUUAGUAUAAUAGGGUUUCAGUUUUAAUAUAUCUUUAUCUUCUACUUUGAUGAAUCUGUCUAGGUUUAAGUUGUAAUAACUUGUCUUCUUCCACUUUGAUGAAUCUGUCUAGUUUUAAUAUCUUGUAUCUAGACUUUUGGUUUUCUCCCAUAAGUUCGUUCUUUUAUGGAACUUUUAUAUAAUGGAAAGAGCAAGACUUUUGUUU